AUGGGGCAACAAUUAACAACACCUUUAAGCCUGACUCUAGGACACUGGAAGGAGGUUCGAGAGAUCGUCCGCAGUUUGUCGAUGGAAGUCCACAAAAAGGAGUGGGUGGCGCUUUGCACCUCCGAAUGGCCCACUUUCGAUGUCGGGUGGCUGAAGGAUGGAACCUUUAAUCUUGACUUAAUUUUGCAGGUUAAAGACCAAGUCUGCCGUAAGGGUGGAGGGGGACGUCCAGAACAAGUACCAUAUGUCGCGGUGAGGGAAGACUUGACCUGGAAGCCCCCGCUUUGGGUUAAGCCUUUCCUCGCACACGGAGACACCAAGGACCGCCAGCAGAAAGAUAAGGAGGAAGUUGAUGGGGGUCCCAGGCCUCCCCCACUUCCCUCCUCAACUCCCCUAAUCCCCGCUCCAGCAGAGACCCCAGUGCAAGGUCCCCCGCCAACCUCCGAUCUCUAUCCCCUAAAAGAACUCCAACCACUGAAAACCGUAUGUCCACCCGUCCUUUCGGGUGGACAGGAGGACCUCCUCCUUUUGGAUCCCCCACUGCCUUACAACCAUCCAGCAUUGAGGGAGAGGGAAGGGGGGGAAUAUUGGGCAUCCCAGGCAUUCCCAUUGCAUUCGGUGGGGGGGAAGCUUCAGUACUGGCCAUUCUCCGCGUCAGAUCUCUACAAAUGGAAAACCCACAACCCCCCAUUUUUGCAGGACCCUCAGGCCCUCACGGGCCUGAUUGAGUCAAUUCUGUUAACCCACCAACCCACUUGGGAUGACUGUCAGCAGCUUUUACAGGCCCUCCUGACCACAGAAGAGCAGCAGCGGGUUUUCACAGAAGCCCGCAAAAAUGUGCCGGGGGAUGACGGCCACCCCACUCAGCUACCUAAUGAGAUUGAUGAGGUGUUCCCACUGACUCAACCAAAUUGGGACUUCAAUACGGCAGCGGGUAGGGAGCGACUCCGUCUCUAUCGCCAGGUUCUCCUGACAGGUCUGCAGGGGGCAGGAAGACGCCCCACCAAUUUGGCCAAGGUACGUGCGAUUGUGCAGGGUAGUGAGGAAACUCCAGCAGGAUUUUUAGAAAGGUUAAUGGAAGGAUACAGAAUGUAUACUCCCUUUGACCCACAGGCCCCUGACCGACAGGCCGACGUAAUCAUGUCCUUCAUUGGACAAUCGGCCCCGGACAUCUGCACAAGGCUACAGAGGCUGGAGGGGUUGCAGGGAUAUACACUGCCGGACCUAGUCAAGGAGGCAGAAAAGAUUUUCAAUAAAAGAGAGACAAAGGAGGAAAGAGAAGAGAGGUUACGCAGAGAACAGGAAUGUAGAGAAGAUCAGAGAGAUAAAAAGAAAAACAAGGACUUAGUUAAGGCCCUGGCCACCGUAGUUGCAGGGCCAAAGACAAGACAAGACAAGGGCAGGCAAGAUAGGGACCAGGGAGACAAAUGGAGACCGAGAGUGGAACAAGACCAGUGCGCCUACUGUAAAGAAAGAGGACAUUGGGCCAGGGACUGUCCAAACAAGGGACGGCCAAGACCCCAGCAGAGAACUGCUCUGGUCCUGUCAUUGGAAGAGGACGAAUAGGUAGGCCAGGGCCAGGAGCCUCCCCUUGAGCCCCGGGUAACCCUGAUAGUGGGAGGCCGACCAGUCACCUUUCUGGUCAACACAGGAGCCCAGCAUUCAGUUCUUACCACAGCUGAGGGCCCUUUCAGUUCCAAGACAUCAUGGGUCCAGGGGGCCACCGGAGGAAAACUGUAUAAAUGGACUACUGAGCGUAAGGUCGACCUGGCAACAGGGCGGGUCACGCAUUCGUUCCUACUGGUACCAGACUGCCCAUACCCCCUGCUGGGAAGGGAUCUUCUCUCAAAGGUUGGGGCCCAGAUCCAUUUCCAAGACAAGGGAGCCACAGUAGUCAGCCCCGCAGGUCAACCCCUCCAUGUGUUGACCCUUCGGCUGGAAGACGAACACCGCCUUCAUGAGUGCCCCCUACCAGCUCAGCCCCAAGUAGCAUCUGAAUGGCUUACUAAAUUCCCCCAGUCUUGGGCAGAGACGGGAGGAGUAGGGCUUGCUGUCAGACAGCCCCCGGUGAUAGUAAACCUGAAGCCCACGGCCACUCCCGUAUCUAUCCGCCAAUACCCUAUGGCUGUGGAGGCAAAGGUCAGAAUUUGGCCACACAUACAGAGACUAAUAAAACUGGGCAUAUUGAGACCUUGUCAGUCACCUUGGAAUACCCCUUUGUUACCAGUCAAAAAGCCUGGCUCCAAUGAUUACAGGCCAGUGCAAGACCUACGAGAAGUAAACCGUAGGGCUGAGGACAUUCACCCUACGGUCCCUAACCCAUACAACCUGCUGAGCACCCUGCCCCUGACCCGAACUUGGUAUACGGUGCUUGACUUGAAAGAUGCCUUCUUUUGCCUAAGACUGAUUCCCCAGAGUCAACCUCUCUUUGCCUUCGAGUGGAAAGACCCGGAAACUGGGUUUUCGGGACAACUAACGUGGACCAGACUUCCCCAAGGGUUCAAGAACUCCCCUACGCUGUUUGAUGAAGCCUUACACCAGGACUUGGCAGAUUUCCGGGUAAGCCACCCAGAGUUGACUCUCCUACAAUACGUGGAUGACCUGUUGUUAGCUGCAGAGACUGAACAGGGUUGCACUAAAGGUACGGAGGCCCUACUCCAUAGGCUGGGAGAGUUAGGAUACAGGGCCUCCGCGAAGAAGGCCCAACUUUGCACCCAACGCGUGACCUACCUAGGCUACGUAUUGGGGGGAUGGAGGUGGUUGACUGAGGAACGUAAGAAGGCUGUAGCGCUCAUCCCGCCACCUAGAAAUGCUCGCCACCUCAGGGAGUUCUUGGGCAGCGCUGGCUUCUGCCACCUCUGGAUACCAGGUUUUGCAGAAAUGGCAGCGUCCCUGUACCCCCUAACCAGGACGAAUUCCCCGUUCAUCUGGGGAAGGGAACAACAAUUAGCUUUUGACAGAAUAAAACGAGCCCUCUUGGAGGCCCCUGCAUUAAGCCUCCCAGACCCCGCUAAGCCCUUUACCCUCUAUGUGGAUGAAAAGGGGGGAAUGGCAAAGGGUGUCUUAACUCAGAAUUUGGGGCCCUGGAAAAGACCUGUGGCGUACUUUUCAAAGAAACUGGACAGUGUUGCCUCAGGGUGGCCCCCUUGCCUCCGCAUGAUUGCAGCUGUGGCCGUCUUGGUGAAAGACUCGGACAAAUUGACUCUGGGGCAACCACUCACCAUAGUGGCACCCCAUGCCAUCGAGGCCAUCAUCCGCCAACUGCCAGACAGAUGGCUCUCGAACGCCAGGAUCACCCACUACCAGGCUAUGUUGCUCAACCCUGAACAGGUCCGGUAUAGGACUGCUGCCUCGCUCAAUCCGGCCACCCUGCUUCCUGAGCCAGGGUCUGAAUCACAAGUCGACCACGACUGCCACCAAGUGUUAGCCGAAGUGCACGGGACCCGAGAGGACCUGACCGAUCUACCCCUGUCAAACACAGUCACCUGGUAUACGGACGGGAGCAGCUUCUUGCACCAAGGUGAGAGAAAGGCAGGGGCAGCAGUGGUGGACAGGGAAACUGUCAUAUGGGCCUCUGCUCUGCCCCCAGGGACUUCGGCACAGAAGGCUGAACUUGUGGCCCUCACCCAAGUGCUUCGUGCCGCUAAGAAUCGGAGGGUAAACAUUUAUACCGACAGCCGUUACGCCUUUGCCACUGCGCAUAUACAUGGGGAAAUAUAUCGGAGGAGAGGGUUGCUAACCUCAGGGGGCAAGGAUAUCAAAAAUAAGCAGGAGAUCCUAGAUCUCCUACAAGCCCUCCACCUUCCAAAGAAAGUGAGCAUCAUCCACUGCCUAGGUCAUCAGAAAGGAGAUGACCCAGUGGCCAAGGGAAAUAGAAUGGCGGAUGAAGUAGCUAAAACAAGGGCCCUGGACAGCGUCACUCUAGUAACGCAGUCAUCAGAAACCACAAAUAACCCUGGGUGGUUAUAUUCGGAGGAAGAUGUGACAGCCAUCCAAAGACUGGGAGGCGCGUACAAUGACCAGCGUAAGGUCUGGGAGAUCCAGGGGAAAACAGUACUGCCAAGAAAGGAAGCCAAGGACCUUAUAAAAGACCUUCAUAGAUGGACCCACUUGGGGCAUAAAAAGUUAAAGGCCCUACUGGACAGAGAGGAACUAACCUACCUCAUAAUAGGACUGGACUCAUUAGCAAAACAAGCAACAGAAUCCUGUGUUCCUUGUGCAAAAGUAAAUCCAAAGGGUAUUAAAGUACCAGAGGGGGCAAGGAUGCGAGGGGCAUGCCCGGGAACAAACUUGGAGGUGGACUUCACCGAGAUCCAUCCCAGUAGGUAUGGAAUUAAGUAUCUCCUAGUAUUUGUAGACACUUUUUCCGGCUGGACAGAGGCUUUUCCGGUGAAAAAGGAGACAGCACAGGUGGUGGUCAAGAAAAUCCUGGAAGAAAUCUUUCCGUGGUUUGGCCUGCCUAAGGUACUGGGAUCCGACAAUGGGCCAGCCUUUGUCUCCCGGGUAAGUCAGUUGGUGGCCAAGGUACUGGGGAUUGAUUGGAAAUUACCUUGUGCUUAUAGACCCCAGAAUUCAGGACAGGUAGAGUGCAUGAAUAGAACAAUUAAGGAGACCUUAACCAAAUUAAUGAUGGAGACUGGCACUAGAGACUGGGUCGAGUUAUUACCGAUGGCCCUAUUCUGGGCCCACAACACUCCCUCCGCGUUCGGGUUAACUCCGUAUGAGAUAUUGUACGGGGGUCCUCCCCCAAUAGCUGACUUAUUGGGACCCAGCAUUGACUCUUAUGCCACUUCCCCCAGUCUGCAGACCCAACUGAGAGCUUUGCAGCUGAUUCAAAAGCACAUGUGGAAACCUCUAGUGGCAGUGUACCAAUCCAAGUGCCCUACAGUGCCACACCCUUUCCAGAUUGGAGAUUCAGUGUACGUCCGCAGACAGUCCAGGACCCUCGAGCUGCAUUGGAAGGGACCCUAUACAGUGCUGCUGACGACACCCACUGCAGUGAAAGUCGACAGGAUUGCCGUUUGGGUUCACGCUUCUCACGUCAAGAGGGCACCGCCGGAGGGAGGAGGCCCCGCGGACGACUCAGCCAAAUGGACACUCCAACGCACUCAAAACCCUCUCAAGAUAAGACUUUCAAAAGCUGCAUAAUGUUUGCAAUUAUUUACCCAUUGCUCAUAUUGCUUAUGAUUCACCCUAGCCUCACCCUAUCCAGCUCGUCCUUCCCUAACCCCCAUGGGCCACAAAAGCUCACUUGGGAGGUGAUCUCUCCUUUGGGUAGCGUGGCCUGGUCGACCAGCGACACUCGGGUACCAGGAACGUGGUGGCCUUCCCUCCACCCAGAUGUAUGCCAGAUAGUCCUGGGACUAGAUUCCUGGGAUCUACCCGAUCAGGAAGAUAUCCCUCACAACCCCUCACCUCCGUUAGACUUCAUUCAUCCCCCGGGAUCCUACCCCGUAGCAACGGGAUGUAGAACCCCAACUCGGAGAUGCCAACUCCGCCAACCAGAAUUUUAUGUGUGCCCCAGGGAUGGUAGAAGAAAGGAUCAGAUCUACCGGUGUGGGGGGCCGGAGCUCCUAUACUGUAAGGCUUGGGGGUGCGAAACUACAGGGGAGGCAUACUGGAAGCCUUCCUCUUCUUGGGAUUGUAUUACUGUGAAGCGUAAUACCACUGUUGCCCACUCGGGCUCCUAUCUAGCCAACAGUGCCUGCCAGAACACCCCCUGUGGAAGCUCCCCUACAUGCA